AUGGGCAUCACUCUGAUUGGCAUUCUGCCCAUAACCAAUCCCAUAAAACUGAGGGUCUCCCUGACUCGGAAUGUUCAGACCAGCGUGCGAUCCAUAAACCAUGUUCAGGGGAUAGCGGCCCGUCUGUGCUUCGACUCCACUGACGGUAAAACAGUGCUUUUGAAACUGACACAGGUAGUUCUGUCGGCUUUUCCUCGUUCCCAGCGAGGAAACGAUAAGAUUUUAUACCAUUCUGAAGCGCAUUUCUUUGAUUCCUGGGGUUUUCAGGAGGUCGAAAUCAGCAUGGACAAACGACAGAUCCGCAUGAUUUUUCUUUUCCAAUCCAAAUUGGGCAGGAGUGCGACGGAAACGGACCGGGAUAUCAACGAUGACUUAGAUCUAGGUACGAUGAAUCAACGCACAGCACAGUGGUGGUUUGAAAAAUUUCGUACUGGUGAUGAGAGCCUGGAAGAUGAUGAGCGCAGUGGAGCGUUAGUGGAAGAGAAUCUACGUACAACGCUGAAGGAUAUUGGCUCAAGAUUGAGUGUUUCCAGCAGGACGAAGAAGCUCGAUAAGUGGGUGCCGCAUGAGUUGACUCAGCACCAGAAAGACCGCCGCUACGAGCUCGCCUCCGCCUUGCUUCUGCGCAACAGGAACAAUCCAUUUCUAGACCGUAUUAUGACGUGUGAUGAGAAAGGGAUUCUGCACGACAACCGUGUGUCGAUAGUAAUGGUUGUUAUUUCGAUUGAUGAAGUUUCGUUCAAGCCGAGAUAUAUGCAUUUGAAGUUUGAGGCGCAAAACCGCAAGAACUUUCUUCACGACCUAAUAAAAAAGGAGAAACCAGUAAAAGCUUUUCUUUUUUAUGCCCGAAUUAGCCGGAUAGAAGGAAUGCGAGCAGGGCAGUCACAAUACUGA